AUGCUGGAUUCGAGUCAAAGUGAAGGGAAGGCACGCGCCUGCACUCAACCAACAUUGAACCAGAGUAGAACCAAUGCGCCUCCUGCCGCGUGCAUAGUGAUCAUGAAUGGGGCUAAGCGAGACAUGGAUGCUGGCGAAUCGAUAUUUUGCCAUCUAACAAUGCCGCCUUUUUGUCAAGUCAAUGGCAGGAAAGCGACUUACAUUCAAGAAAUACCAGUAUCUUCUCAUGCUUCUCCAGAUUUUCGGGACGGGCAUUCAUGUAUACAGGAUGUGAUGGGCGAAAUGUCAAUUCCUCGUCGUAUUCUCACGGCGCUUUGGGAAAGCUGGUAG